AGCUUUCUUGGUAUUUCAGGGCUUUGCAAACUGCGGUGUUUUCCACCUGUAGCACUUGCAUGGGAUCCUACUUCGGGUCUUCACAUCUUUCCUAAUUUGUAUGGUGAAACUAUUGUUGUUGACUCCUCACCAGCAACGUGGAGUUCUGUUCAGGGAUCUGAAAAAACGACUGUUCUGUUGCUGGUUGAUCCUCACUGUUCUUAUAAAAUAAGUUUCGCUGUUUCUGAGACGGCAGCAGCAAGCAGGUUUUUGCUUUUGUAUAGUUCUCAGAUAGUUGGUUUCUCCAUUGCAGCUAUCUUUUUUGCUCUAAUGCGGCAAGCACAUGCGUGGAAUCUUGAUUUGCCCCUCCCUUCAAUGUUGACAGCUGUGGAAUCAAAUUUGAGAAUGCCAUUACCGUUUUUACUUCUAGGGGUCAUACCCAUUUUGUUUUCUUUGCUCAUUUCCUUGCUGAUGUCUCAACCCCUUCCUCCAUUUGCAAGCUUCAUCAUCAUUUCAGUGAUUUGCUAUUUAUUUGCAAAUGGGUUCAUAAUUCUGCUUACAUUUGUUUCCCAAUUGAUCUUCUAUGCGGCUGCCAUCAUGCAUGUUUUCAUCAAGACAAGGUGGCAAGGAUGGGAAGGAAAUUUUUGCUUAGGAUUCCUUCAUUGGUUUAUUAAUCUCUCCUCCAGUUUUUUUUCAUUAAAGGUCGUAAGGGUUCUAAGAGUCAAUCCCGUACUUGUAACUGCACUGACUGCAAUUACCCUUGGAUGCUUUGUUCAUCCAGCGCUGGGUUUAUUCAUACUUCUCUCGUAUCAUGCAUUAUGCUGUCAUAAUGCAUUGUGCAGUCAUGCACGGAGAAAGGAACUGUUUGAUUUUAAAGAUCAAGGAAAUGGAAGAACUGAGGAAUUGGCAUCUGAACAUGAAAGUGUUUUCAACCGGAAUUCACCAAUUGAGGAGAAUAGCAUGGGUAGUCCAAACUCUUCAAAAAGUUUCGGUGACACACAAUUAGAAAUCUUCCAUCACCAACAAGGCUUGCUGAUCCUGCAUCUUCUUGGAGCACUGAUGUUUGUCCCCUCUCUUGUGGCUUGGUUGCAGAGAAUAGGAUUGGGUCAUAGCUUUCCAUGGUUCCUGGAUUCAGCUCUUUGCAUUGGGGUCAUUCUUCAUGGUAUCUUUAAUUCGAAACCCGAGAGCAAUUCCCUGUUUGCCUUCCCAGCCAUUCUUGGUAAGGAAUUGAGAUUGGAUUUUGUCUACCUACUUGCUGGCUAUUAUUCCUAUCUCUCUGGCUUGGGCUUGGAACCAUACAAAGUAUUUUAUGCCAUGUCUGCCAUAGGGUUCAUAUCCUUUGUUUUGAAGUUAUUACAGAGCAGGGAGAAGGGAGAGCCGCGUUUUGGAAAAAAGAAGCAUUCUCAUAAACAAUAAACUAGCUUCUUCUGAAACUCAUACAUAAAUACAUUACAGAGGUCACUGCACAAUCCUCAUCAUGUCCCAUUUCUAGAGAUCUGGAAUCCACUUUACUUGCAGGUGAGGAAUGUAACCUAAACUAUGGAUCCAAGAUACGAGUAAUGGAAAAAAAGGUAAAAGGGAAAAUUUGUUGUGAUUUUAGUUAGGCAAUUUUUUUGCAGUGGUGCAUUUUUUGUAUAUGAUCAUCAUUUUGGUCUGAGGUUGGUGAGAACUUGAUUAGCAAGUGAAAUGAGAGAUUGAUUUUGUAACAUUACGCUGGUGGAAAAUGUUCUUACAAAUUGCAGAAGUGUAACUCACCCCGAGAUAUCGGACCAGUUAAUUGGUUUGUAAUACUACUAGCUGCUUUAUUACAAGAGGAUUGAAGUAAUGUGUUCUUGCGUUUUGCCCAUUUUUU